CCAGCUCAUCACAUGACCAUCCCUCAGAUCCAGCGGAUGGUUUGCGUGACGUCACGUUGAUUCGUGAGGAGAGUGCCUCUCGUCCGACUUGGAGAAAUUCUGAAGAAUUUCUACACAGCAGUAUAGUUCUUUUUAAACCGUAGUGAGUGUGUGAGGUGGUCACCAUGGGGGAACUGUUCAGGAGCGAGGAGAUGACGCUGGCCCAGCUCUUUCUCCAAUCUGAGGCAGCCUAUUGCUGUGUCAGCGAGCUGGGAGAGCUGGGAAUGGUUCAGUUCCGUGAUCUCAACCCAGACGUGAAUGUGUUCCAGAGGAAGUUUGUGAAUGAAGUGAGGCGGUGUGAGGAGAUGGACCGGAAACUGAGGUUUGUGGAGAAGGAGAUCAAGAAAGCCAACAUCCCAACUGUUGAUACAGGAGAGAACCCUGAAGUCCCCUUUCCUAGGGAUAUGAUUGACCUAGAGGCUACGUUUGAGAAGCUGGAGAACGAGCUGAAGGAGAUCAACACCAACCAGGAAGCCCUGAAGAAGAACUUCUUGGAGCUGACCGAGUUGAAGCACAUCCUGCGACGCACACAGCAGUUCUUUGAUGAGAUGGAGGAUCCUGCCCUGAUGGAGGAGUCAUCGGCCCUGAUGGAGGGCAAUGAGGGUGGUCGGGGAGCACCGCUCCGACUGGGAUUUGUUGCCGGAGUGAUCAGCCGAGAGAGGAUCCCCACCUUUGAGAGGAUGUUAUGGAGGGUGUGUCGUGGAAAUGUAUUUUUACGUCAGGCAGAAAUUGAGGAUCCCUUGGAGGACCCCACCACGGGCGACCAAGUCCACAAGUCUGUCUUCAUCAUCUUUUUCCAAGGUGAUCAGUUGAAGAACCGGGUCAAGAAGAUUUGUGAGGGGUUCCGUGCCUCGCUCUACCCGUGCCCCGAGACACCCCAAGAGAGGAAGGAGAUGGCAGCGGGUGUGAACACCCGUAUUGACGACCUCCAGAUGGUUCUGAACCAGACGGAGGAUCACAGACAGAGGGUACUCCAGGCUGCAGCCAAGACAAUGAGGGUGUGGUUCAUCAAAGUCAGGAAGAUGAAGGCCAUCUACCACACGCUGAACCUGUGCAACAUUGACGUCACCCAGAAGUGCCUAAUCGCUGAGGUUUGGUGCCCUGUAUCCGACCUGGAUUCUAUCCAGUUCGCCCUGCGCAGAGGAACGGAGAGGAGUGGCUCCACAGUGCCCUCCAUUCUCAACAGGAUGACCACCAAGCAAACUCCACCCACCUUCAACAAGACCAACAAGUUCACCUCCGGAUUCCAGAACAUCGUGGAUGCCUAUGGGAUCGGGAAUUACCGCGAGAUCAACCCAGCACCGUACACCAUCAUCACAUUCCCCUUCCUGUUUGCUGUCAUGUUCGGGGACAUGGGUCACGGUGUGCUGAUGACCUGUGCUGCCCUCUACCUGGUCCUCCGAGAGAGCCGCAUUCUCUCCCAGAAAACAGAAAAUGAGAUGUUCAACAUGGUGUUCGCCGGACGCUACAUAAUCCUGCUCAUGGGAAUCUUCUCAGUCUACACCGGUAUCAUCUACAACGACUGCUUUUCCAAAUCCUUGAACAUGUUUGGCUCCGGUUGGAGUGUUCGGCCCAUGUUCAACCCCAAGGGAGGCAACUGGACGUUUGAAACUCUCAGUGAGAAUAAGGUGCUGCAGCUGGACCCAGCGGUGCCAGGGGUCUUCAAUGGGCCCUAUCCACUGGGUAUCGACCCUAUCUGGAACAUUGCCACCAACAAACUGACCUUCCUGAACUCCUUCAAGAUGAAGAUGUCUGUGAUCCUGGGCGUGAUCCACAUGCUGUUCGGCGUCUCUCUCAGCCUGUUCAACCACCUUUACUUCAAGAAACCCCUGAACAUCUUCCUGGGCUUCAUCCCUGAGAUUGUCUUCAUGUCCAGUCUCUUCGGCUACCUCGUCCUCCUGGUCUUCUACAAGUGGACGGCCUACGAUGCCUUGACCUCAAAGGACGCACCCAGCCUCCUCAUUGCCUUCAUCAACAUGUGCCUCUUUAACUACAGCGAUGUCACCAACAAGCCCCUCUACAGAGGACAGAUGGGGAUCCAGAUAAUGUUGGUGCUGAUUGCCCUUGCAUGUGUUCCUUGUAUGCUGAUAGUGAAAACAAUGGUGCUUCGGCGCCAGCACCUGUGGAAGAAGCACCUGUCACAGAAGAGGGAGGAAAGCCCUGCAGAGAAUCUAGAGCAAUCUUUAGAGAAAACAGGCGUGUCCUCAUCAACCGGACUCACCCAACAGGGCACACAGAAAUUCGGAGGAGUGCGGGUGGGCAAUGGGCCAACGGAGGACGAAGCUGGCAUUAUGGACCACGACGCGCUCUCACAGCACUCUGAGGACGGAGACGAGCAUGCAGAGGAGGAACCGUUUGACUUUGGAGACGUGGCAGUCCACCAGGCCAUUCACACUAUAGAAUACUGCCUGGGCUGCAUCUCCAACACGGCUUCCUACCUGCGACUCUGGGCCCUUAGCUUGGCCCACGCACAGCUCUCAGAGGUGCUGUGGACCAUGGUGAUGCACCUGGGCCUGUCUUCCAGGAGCGGUGGAGGCUUCUUCGGCCUGUCAAUCAUCUUUUCGGCCUUCGCCACGCUCACCGUUUGCAUUCUGCUCAUCAUGGAGGGCCUGUCUGCUUUCCUGCACGCCCUUCGUCUGCACUGGGUGGAGUUCCAGAAUAAGUUCUACACUGGGCAGGGCUUCAAGUUUGUGCCCUUCUCCUUCGAGAGCAUCCUUGAGGGACGAUUCGACGAGUAAAUCACCUCACCCCCUCCAUGGUGAAUCCCAGGCAAACCCCUCCUUUCCCCAUCCUGGUCUUCUUCUUCUGAGACUGCUCUGCAUGGACCUCGAGACUACAGCUCUCCUACCCCCUCUAGG